GGAUUUCAAGGAAUUCUGAAUCUUCUUCUGAACGGGACAGAUUCGUCGCUGCAAAUUUGAGAUGGCGAAGUCGCAGAAGAAAUUUGAGGGAGCUCCGAUGAUCAUAGCAAUGAAAGGCCAUCCAGGCACAGGCAAAAGCACUCUGGCACAUUCCAUAGCCUCUUCCCUUCGUGUUCCUCUCAUCGACAAAGACGAUGUUCGCGACUCCACCGUGCCGCUCCAACACCUCCCCACACCCACUCCCACCUCCCUCCUCAACGACCUCUCCUACCACGUCAUCUGGCAGAUCGCCUCCACUCAGCUCCGCCUCGGCCUCACCGUCGUCCUCGACUCCCCACUCUCGCGCCGCGCCCACCUCGAUAGCCUCAUCCACAUCGCUGACUCUGCCGGCGCGCGGCUCGUUGUCGUGGAGUGCAAGCCGAGCGACCAAGCCGAGUGGCGUCGCAGGCUGGAACGGCGCUCCGGAAGCUCCCAUAAGCCGGCCACGUGGCGGGAUUUAGAGAGGCUUCUGGAAGGGUACGGUGGGUGCACAGAGUACGAGGUGGGUACGGUGCCCAAGAUGGUGGUGGAUACCACCGCGCCGGUUGUGUUGGAAGAGAUUUGUUCUGGUGUUCUGGAGUUCAUAGCGUCUCAUGGUGGGCCCUCAACGGGUUAUCACCAAUCCUCCAAAGAGAUUUGGACACGUGUGAGAGACCCUUGAUACGGGUUCCACCCUUUAUUUUGCCUUUUGUUAUUUUUUGGCCAGAACCCCGAAAUUUUUACUUUGAGCUUUUGCUCCACAACCACAAAUUAAUGUGUAUAUAAAAAUGCUUAUGACAAAUA